CUUUAUUUUGACCGUCUCUGAUUGGUUCGGAAAAUGUCCGUGAGAUGUCGCGGCGAGUUUGACAAUCCGCUCCGAAAAAAUUUUCAUUCAACGUCGCCCAAUACGUGCAGAAAAUGCCUCCAUUUUGUUUAUUUUCCUCGCUGAAAAAUUGGGAUUCGGCAACGCGAUAGAUCUGCAAGCACUUGAAAAACUCGUCGUCGGAUCGGCGACUCGUUCAGCACCGUCGUAUAUAUGUGUGUGCUUGGUCUCCCUCUUGUAGAGGGUCCGAAAUCCCGCAGCAAUUGGGCGCAUCGCAAGUAAGCACUUCGUCAAACUGACUACCGUAUCGGCCGCUAAAAAUAAUCCUAAUCAUCCUGUUGACGGUGUGUCGUCGACCACGGACGGUACGCUAUCCAAAAAGAACAAAACACCCGCCGGCCCAACGAUUACAGGUCCACCAGGCGUCGUAGGAGGCGGUGGUAGGCAAGUGGCCAUCGUCGCUCCCCAACCUCAGCAACAGCAACCCCAACAACAGACUGUUACCAAAACAGCAUCUGUGGCAACAGACACCCCACAACAACCACAGCAGCCGAUAACGACGUCACCUCCAGAGCAGCAGCAGCCCCCCCCAUCAGUUAUGAACCACGUCACCGGCCAUUAUAGAAGGGCCGCUGACGACCAGCAGCCCCCUGCCAAUCAACAGCAAACGCAGCCCAGUCAGGUUGAAGAGAUGGAUACGCAGGAUGUGACCGCAAUGGAAUACAUAACAGACCAGGGUGGCGGCGAGAUGGACCAGACAGCCACAGCUCAGCCCCCACCGGGGGCGCAGCAGCAGAAUGGCGAAGUGGUGGUUAUGGGGCCUCAGCCGGAGGCGGUGAUUGCCGCUGCGGGCGGGCCUGCCGCGGCCGCAGCCGCGCCGCACUGCCACGACGCUGAAAUGGAGGAGGACGAAUCCAGAUCGGAAGCGACGUUUAGGUUCACCGUGCAGAAUUUCAGCAAGUUGAAGGAUUCUGUGCUGUCUCCGCCAUGCUUCGUCCGCAACCUGCCUUGGAAGAUAAUGGUGAUGCCACGCACCAGCCACGCCCAGGACCGCACCACGCAGAAAUCGCUCGGUUUCUUCCUGCAGUGCAACGGCGAGAGCGAAUCCAGCUCUUGGUCGUGCUACGCCGUAGCCGAGCUUCGCCUGCUGUCCGUACGAUCGGAGGAGGAGCACUUCACCAGGAAGAUCCACCAUCUGUUCUACUCGAAGGAGAACGAUUGGGGUUUCUCGCACUUCAUGACCUGGAACGAUGUGUUGGAUCCGGAGAAGGGCUUCAUCAAGGACGACGCGAUCACGCUCGAGGUCCAGGUGGUGGCUGAUGCGCCGCACGGCGUGUCGUGGGACAGCAAGAAGCAUACAGGUUACGUCGGGUUGAAGAAUCAAGGCGCCACCUGCUACAUGAACUCCCUCCUGCAGACGUUAUACUUCACGAAUCAGCUGCGCCGGGCGGUCUACAAAAUGCCCACCGAAUCGGACGAUUCGACGAAAUCGGUGGCGCUGGCUCUGCAAAGGGUGUUCCACGAAUUGCAGUUCUGCGACAAACCGGUCGGUACCAAGAAGUUAACGAAGAGUUUCGGAUGGGAAACGUUGGACUCCUUCAUGCAGCAUGACGUGCAGGAGUUUCUUAGGGUUCUGUUGGAUAAGCUGGAGAGCAAGAUGAAAGGCACGUGCGUUGAAGGCACGGUUCCGAAAUUGUUCGAAGGAAAGAUGAUAUCCUACAUUAGAUGUAAAAAUGUUGAUUAUUCUAGUACUAGGUCAGAAACGUUCUACGAUAUACAGUUAAACAUUAAAGGAAAGAAAAACAUUGACGAAUCGUUCAAAGACUACAUAGCGAAGGAGACUUUGGACGGUGACAACAAGUACGACGCCGGCGAACACGGACUCCAAGACGCCGAGAAAGGCGUCAUAUUCUCCGCCUUCCCGCCGGUGCUACAUCUGCACCUGAUGCGUUUCCAAUACGAUCCGAUCACGGACAGCUCGGUCAAGUUCAACGAUCGUUUCGAAUUCUACGAGAAGAUCUCGCUGGACAGUUACCUUCAAGAGCCGGAUCCGAACAAUCCGGCUAAUUAUACGUUGCAUGCGGUGCUGGUGCAUAGCGGCGAUAACCAUGGCGGGCAUUACGUCGUUUUUAUCAAUCCUAAGGGUGAUGGAAAGUGGUGCAAGUUUGACGACGACGUAGUGUCGCGGUGUACGAAGCAAGAGGCGAUCGAACACAACUAUGGUGGUCACGACGAGGACCUGAACAUGAGCGUCAAACAUUGUACAAACGCUUACAUGUUGGUAUACAUAAGGGAUUCGGAGUUGAACAACGUUCUACAAGAGGUGACUGACGCGGACAUCCCAAGCGAGCUGGCCGACCGUUUGGCGGAGGAGAAACGCAUGGAACAGGUGCGCAGGAAGGAACGGAACGAAGCCCAUCUCUACAUGACCGUGAACGUGUUGCUGGAAGACGCGUUCGACGGUCACCAAGGCAACGAUCUGUACGAUCCGGAACGGGCGCUGUUCCGGGCGUUCCGGGUCAAGAAAAUGGCCACCGUCGCGGAGCUGAUGGAGAUGCUCGCGGACGCGUUCAAGUUCCCGCCUGAGCAGAUACGGCCCUGGCCCUUCAGUCAAAGGUCGAAUCAAACGAUCCGUCCGUCAGUUCUGGACUUGGAAGCAGACCUUCACAAGGCGGUCAUAGACGUGGCCGAGAAUCAGAAUCCGUGGAACGUCUUUUUAGAACUGUUACCGCCAGAUAGCGGAUUGACGGUAUUGCCCACCUUUGACAAGGAGACUGACGUUUUGCUCUUUUUCAAAAUGUACGAUCCCAAACAGAAGAAGAUUCACUAUUGCGGCCACAGGUAUUUACCAGUUACUAUCAAGCUAAGCGAAAUAGUGCCGUUGCUCAACGAAAGGGCAGGUUUUCCAUCGGAUACGGAAUUGCUACUGUAUGAAGAGAUUAGACCAAAUAUGAUUGAAAAAAUUACGAUUUUCAAUGAUCCUCUAGAAAAGGUCUUAGAAGAACUGAUGGACGGCGACAUAAUAGUCUUCGAAAAAGAAGAACGAGAGGAGCUAUCGGAUCUUCCCACCUGCGUAGAAUACUUCAAAGAUCUGUACUUCAGGGUUGAAGUGACGUUCGUCGAUAAGAGCAUACCGAACGAUCAAGGCUUCACCAUGGAAUUGAGCCAAAGGAUGACUUACGAUCAAUUCGCCAGAGCUGUCGCGCAAAGGGUGGGCACUGAUCCUUACCUGUUGCAGUUCUUCAAAUCCCAGAGCUACAAAGACAGCCCUGGACAUGCGCUUCGGUGCACGUUUGAAGGUACCCUCAAAGAUCUGCUGGUGUUCGCGAAGCCGAAAGUGCCCAAGAAGAUAUUCUAUCAGCAGCUGAGCAUCAGGGUGAACGAGUUGGAGAACAAGAAACAGUUCAAGUGUAUUUACAUGGGAUUGAAGCUGAAGGAAGAAAAGGAGCUGGUGCUCUAUCCGAACAAAAGUGGUACGUUGACGGAUCUUCUUGAGGAGGCGAAGAAACAGAUUGAGUUCAGCGAAGGCAGUUCGGGGAAACUUAGGUUUACCGAGGUGAAUUGCAACAAAGUCGCGUUGGGUCCCAAAGAAGACACGCUACUGGAGUCGCUGGGUACUCCAUCGCCGGCGAGAGUAUUCCGAAUCGAGGAAGUGCCUCGCGACGAACUGCACGUUGCCGAGGAUGAGAUGCUCGUCUCGUGCGCACAUUUCCACAAGGAGGUGUUUGCGACCUUUGGCAUUCCCUUCUUGGUCAAGAUCAAGCAAGGGGAGCCCUUCACUAAAGUUAAAGAACGAAUUAAGAAAAAAUUGGCUGUGCCUGAAAAGGAGUGGGAGAAAUAUAAGUUCGCAAUAGUUUCUAUGGGUCGACCUAGUAUGAUCCAAGAAGAUGAAUAUGUAGUUAGUUUAACAGAUUUUAGGCCUCUACCCAAUACAAGUAAUCCUAAACCGUGGAUAGGUCUAGAACACGUGAACAAAGCGCCGAAAAGGCCUAGAUUCAACUAUCUGGAGAAAGCCAUCAAAAUCUACAACUGAGACUGAGAGGUGUGUUCGGAAAUCCGGAGGCGGCAGCGGCAACACUGUAACCAGUCAUCACGAAACCACCCUAAACGACAGCGGUGUUGAAGUGUGUGUUUGUGCGAGCAUUACCCUCUAGGCUCUCUUCUCGUAAGGUUGCAUUCACAAAAGUAAUAUAAAAUGUAAUCUAGUUGUAUACACAGGCAAACGGAACAGAAAAACAAGGCAGUUUUAUCUAAUACUAGAAUCCACUGGUAUGUGUGUAUAUAAUGUAGUAACUGGUACGUAAACAACAGCGGUGUGCGUUCAAUUUUGUCGAUUGGGGUCUCGCGAAGCGUAUAUUAUAGCGUGUUUUUAUUGACUAGUGGUUAAUCGGUUUUUGGCGUUGCGAAGUGGUGGUUACAAGAUUUUUAUAGCUUGCCAAUUUGAAAGUGAAUACGUGGCUUGGUAUUUAAGUUUCAGGAAUCGACAAUAAAAAACCUGCAGGCUGCAUUUUAUCAUCGAUCUUCAACUCUACGCAAGGCAGGUAAUGUGGACAGCAGAUGGCGUUAGUGAAACAUAGCUGAUCUUUAAUGUAACAUCUGUGGUUUUCAUGACGGUAGGGAAGGUUUUUCGCAAAUAUGUAUUUGCUUUUCUUUAAGGAGUGUUCCAGGCAUAAUCUCGUAAAAAUCAAAUCAUACGGAUUGCAGUGGUUUAUGCGAAAUUACAGGCGGUUGUGUCAUUCUUCCAUUAGUCUACAUGAUGUGAAUAUAUUCUGAUUAUAUGUUUUUUUCAUAAUCUUAUACAGAAAGACCCCUCUUGACGAAUCUGCAUGUUGCCAGGCCCAAAACAGGUCUUGAGCAAUUUUUUCAACAAAAUUGAAAAUUUUUUUUUGUUUGCUUCGGUCGAAGGUUUUUUAAGAUAUCUUUAGCAAAAAGGCGUUAUAGAACUUUUAUUCAAGGUUGAUAGUUUUCAAGGUAUAAGCGAUGCAAUAUUUGAAAAAGUGAAAAAUAUAUGCCAUUUUCCACCUGAAAAACAAUAUGAAAAACCGAAAAUUUUAAUGACAACACCUCCUGAACUGUUUUUGUUAAUGGAUGCUUAAAGAAAAUUUAGGAAGUUCAGUUCAAAUAUUGCUUUGCUUGUAUCUCGAAAACUAUCAACUUUAGAGAAAAGUUCUAAACCCCAAAAAACCUAAAAACAUUUUGACUGGAGCGAAAAAUCAAUUAUUGGAACUUGUUAAAAAAAUUGUUCAAAAGAUUUUUGACGCAAAUUUAAGCCUGGCAACAUGUAGUUUUGUCAAAAGGAGUCCUUUUUUUAAAGAUAUGAAAAAACCUAAUACUAAUGAGUGGUGUUUGCCGUGCAAGUCAUAAUUAGUAAGAAACAUUACGUUGAAACAAAUCUUCAUGUUGCCAGGUCCAAAAAAGGUUAUGAACAAUUUUUUCAACAAAAUCUAAAAAUUGUUUUUUUUUUCGCUCCAGUCGAAGGUUUUUUAAGAUAUCCUUAACAAAAAAGGCGAUUUAGAACUUUUAUUCAAAGUUGAUGGUUUUCAAGGUAUAAGCGAUACAUUUGAAAAAGUGAAAAUUAUGUCAUUUUCCACCCUGAAUAACAAUAUCAAAAAACGAAAAUUUUAAUGACAACACCUCCUGAACUGUUUUUGUUAAUGGAUGCUUAAAGAACAUAUGGGAAGUCCAGCAACAUAAAAAUCUUUUUCGGGGUCAAAAAUAGCAUAUUUCACACGUUUUCAAAUAUUUUUCUGCUUGUAUCUCGAAAUCUAUCAACUUUAGAGAAAAGUUCUAAACCCCAAAAAACCUAAAAACAUUUUGACUGGAGCGAAAAAUCAAUUAUUUGAACUUGUCAAAAAAUUGUUCAAAACAUUUUUGACGCAAAUUUAAGCCUGGAACAUGUAGUUUUGUCAAAAGGAGUCCUUUUGAAUGAUAUUAUGAAAAAACCCAAUACUAAUAAGUGGUGUUUGCUGUGCAAACCAUAAUUAGUAAGAAACAGUAAUUGGAGGAAAUUAUAUCAGCAAUGCUACAAAACAGCUGUUUGAAAAUUAUUGUAACAGCCACUUUGAGGUGCAUCUGUUUGGUUAUUAAGAAUGUUAGAAUUCAGAUAGACUGUUCGCGUUACUCCAAUCGACUGGUGGCUGUGUGUGUUGAGUUUAAAUAAUCAAUUUGGUUCGCAUUAUUUAUCCCAUGCAUCUCUCCUUCCCUCUCCUUACCACACAUUUGUGUUAAGGUGGCACUCGUCUUUUUUUAGAUUUCUUUUCAACUUCCUGUUUGCUGCAAAAAAUCUAAAAAAGGGACGAGCCGCCCUGAUGCAGCGUAACUAGGUUAAUUCUAAUAUGAUUAUUUUUAAAAAUACCAUCGUUUGCUAGCUAUAUUACCAGGUAAGAAAUCGCGGACAAAUAGCAUUUGUUGCUUUCCACACUUUUUACGUGAUGAAGGAUACAUGUCGCUAUUUGAAGACAGCGAGGUAUUUUGUUGCCAAGGUCGUAUUGGAUAAUAUAAAAAAAUGCAAAGGAUUGUAGUUUAUUCAUCAAAAUACAGACUCUUAAAGCAUAACAAGCAACUAUUUUGUAGGACAUGGUUGCCACCUAAAUAUGCGCAUUUUAGAAAAAGAUUCAAACGAAUGUUUUGCGGUGACCUUCACAAUAACUACGAAGGUCAAGUGGAUAUUUUCACAUCGGAAUUGAAAGGAGGAGUAAAUUUUACGUACGAACAUCGUAUUGGUCAUGAUAUUAAUUUUUGCCUGUAAAACUAUUCCAAGGCCAAACCACAUCAUAAACGAUUAGCUCGACCAAAAAAGUUCGACAACACAGUUGUGUGGUUCAUUGGGAUAACCCAAAGAUGAACAUGACCUUCAAGAUCAAGUCCAAAUAAAACCUCUAAUUUUUAUACUGGAAAUGGAAAAAUCAAGAAAUGUUACGUCCGAAUGUGACCUUGACCCCAAAGUCGUGUCGUUUAGAAAAAGCUUUAAACGAAUGUUUUUAGGGGGUAAAAAUAAUGGUGACCUUUGAAUAGGAUCUGCAAGGUGAAGUGAAUAAUUCAAAUAGAACCACAUUUGAAUUGGAAAAAGGGUAAACUCCACUUCCGAAAAUCGCAUAGGUUAUGACGUUGACCGUUGCCGCCAAAGCCAUUUCAAGGUCAAAUCAAGACUUCGAAAACAAUUUGCUCUAACAAAAAUUUUUGGCAGCACAGUUGUGAGGUUGUGAGGAUCACCAAAAGGUGACCUUGUCCAUCACCUUGAAGGUCAACUCAGAAUUAGUAGUAGUAGUAGUAGUAGUAGAAAGAUUUAUUUUUUUUUAGCACAUUGGAUGGAAAUUUUACAUCCGAUUGGGAACCUUGACCCCAAUUAAAAGGUCGUGCCAAGCUUAAAUUUUGAGGUCGGACGAGAUAUUUCCAUUUCCAGUAUAAAAAUGAGGUUUUCUUUGACAAUUUUGACUUGACCUUGAGGGUGGUCCCCCAGAAACUUAAAGCUGUGCAGUCGAACAUCUUUGCUAGAACGAAUUUUUGAUGUCGUGAUUUGACCUUGAAGUCAAUGCACAAGGUCAGUCCAAGGUGGUUUGGACGUAAAAUUUGCUCCUCAUUGCAAUUCCGAUGUCAAAAAGGAGGGUUUGACUUGAACAUAUUUGAUUGACCUUGAAGGUCGUAGUCAAAGUCACCUUUGACUUGAUCAAAACCUGUUUUUCCUAGAAUGCACAUUUAGGUGGAAGGAUUAAAAUGGGACACCGUGUAUAUGGAAAGACCUUAAUUUUACAUAAACCAAACUUUAGCUACUGUGAAAUGAAUAUGUCAUAUUAAGAAAGUUUGUAAAAGUUCGUAAAUUAACGUUUGAAAAUAUGGUCGUCCAUUGAAAAUCAAAUUUCCAGCAAUCAUUUUGCAGAUUAUUUAUGCUGUUGAUCCAGUAGCAACAGAGAGCUGGUAUGCGUAUUGUCAAUUUAAUCUUGUAAAAGCAGAGACAUCCGUUGUUCAGUACCAACAUGUUAAUUCGCAUAAUACGUCCUCCUCUUUUGUCCCUCCCCGUAUUGUAUUUUAUCAUUAUUUUUAAUUAUGUGAAAAAACAUAGGACACAGAGCACUUUUAUUGUUUUCUUUUUAUACUUAUUGCAGGACUAACAGUUUAUACAAGGAUUGUAUUUAUUGAGACGAAACUUUGGGUUUUCCGUGAUUUUCGCGCUUCUACUCUCGUCCGCGGUGGAAAAUUCAUGGAAUAUAUUUUUCUCAUUAUAAUUUUUUUUUGUUGUAAAAAUUUUGUAUUAAAUAUUGAAGGUUGUAUUUAUUGCCACUGUAUAUUUCGUUUGAUUACAAAUACUGCUUAGAUUUUAAACGCAAUAAAGAAUAUGAGAAAA